AUGUUAACUUAAAACUAAUAGCAUUAAUUUGAUUUUAAAACCAGGCAAGCUUCACAAAUAGGUAUUAAUACUCUAUUAUUCAUAAUAUAUAUACUACUAUAUAAUUUAAACUAAUUAUUGAUUAUUGUUAUAUUAGAUUUUAGUUCGUUAAAACCACCAAGACAUCCUUAAGGAGAAAAUUAAAUUGAAUUGCAUAGGUAAAUAAAUUAAAAUAAGAAAGAACUUAGAAGCCUCUUCUAUAAAAACGAUAUAAAGUUACUGCAGAUGAAACUGAUUCUAGAAUUCAUAAGAUCUCAUUACCUUCAUUAACAAAAUUUAGAAAAACAGAAUUUAAUCCAGUAGAGAAUAGUAAUUAAUAUAUAAAUAAUAGUUGCAUAACCUAUAUCUAUUCUUAAUCAAGGAAAUGGAUUAAGAAUUCCUAAUAGAUUACCUAAAUUAGAAAGUAGAAAUGAAGUAUCAAAAUCUAAAUAUGAAAUUCAAUUUAAUUAAACUCCAAGAGAUGAAGAAUAAUAGAAAUUAAAACCAAAAUAAAAGAAAACAUCAUUUACACCUGAAUAAAGAAUAUCUGAAAGUCCUGAAAAGAACAGUUCUUAUAGUAAAAAGAAAGGAGGAGGAAAAUAAUGGUAAGGAUUGAAAUUUGUUCAUAAAACAAAGGCUGGUUGUUAAGUUAAUAAAUAAACAAAGACAAAUUAAGAUGCAGCUAUAAUAUUUCCAUCUAAUAUUGAGAGGUAUAAAUGAGCAGUUAUUUAGAAAAGUUAAAAUUAUGGAUUAGUUGGGAUUUGUGAUGGACAUGGUGUAAAUGGACAUUUUGUUUCAGAUCUUAUAAAAUAAAGAUUACCAAGUAAAUUAAGUAUAUUUAAAUUUAGUAUAUUUGGAAUUCUAAUUAUAAUCUCAAAAUCCAGAUAUGGAAGAAUGCUUUAAAAAUGCUUUUGAAUUAACAAAUUCAGAAAUAUUAUAAAGUUAAUUUGAUACAGCAUUAUCUGGAUCAACUACAGUCAUAGCUAUGAUCUAAUAAAAUUAAUUAUGGACAGCCAAUGUAGGUGAUUCAAGAGCUAUAUUGUGUAGAAAUUAAAAUGGUUGGAGAUCAAUACCAUUAACUAGAGAUCAUAAACCAUCAGAUGAAUCUGAAAAGUAAAGAAUUCUAUAAGCUGGUGGAAGAGUAUAAAGUUAAAGAGGUAAUUAUAAUUAAAAAUUUUAUAGAUUUCUUUGGAAAUAAUGUUGGUCCAGAAAGAGUUUGGCUUUCUUAUGUAGAUGCUCCAGGUUUAGCUAUGACUAGAAGUAUGGGUGAUAAAUUAGGAGCAUAAGCUGGUGUUAGUAGUAUUCCUGAAGUAUUUCAAUUUACUUUAUAAUAAAAUGAUAAAUUCCUAGUAAUUGCUUCUGAUGGAGUAUGGGAAUAUUUAUCAAAUGAGGAUGUAUGAAUUUAAUCAUUUAUUCAAUUUAGGUCAUGAAUAUAAUUAUUCCUUAUUAUGAAUAAGGAGAACUUGAUUAAGCAGGAGAGAAAUUAAUGAUGGAAGCCAUAAAUUCUUGGAAGAAGAAUAGUCCUGCUAGAGAUGAUAUAACUUUUAUUAUUGUAUAAUUAAAUAAUUGA